UCAGUCGAGUCGCGAAAGUCGUCGAGUGCGUUUGGUUCGCUGGCUCGUCGGCAGUGCAGCUAAGAAAGAAAAGCAAAUCCCCAGCCAAUAAAAAAUAUUAUCAAAAAAGAAAACAAACUGAGAAAGAAGAGAAAGAAGCUGCUGGAAAAAAAGGUCGUCAUCAUCACGAAUUUUUGUGCGCGCAGUCUUCGCCGUUAUGCAAUUGAAGUGCGUUCACAAAAUGCCGAGAUAGCAACAAUUUUGAAUUCAUUAAUUUGCUGGCGAAUUAGAAAUUUCUGUCGCGCGAGUUUAAAAGACGCAUAAAUACCCGUGUCCAAAUUAAAUAUUACAAUUUAUGGCAAACUCGUUUCCACACAGCCCAGCAGCAUCGAAAAAGUGAAAUUAAUAAAGUGAAAAGCAAACGGCAAUUGUAGCAAAAAGGCAAUUACAAAAUCAAUAUAAAUAAUAAUAGAAAAUCAUUGUUGCAGCAUUGAUGAAAUAUACGUACAUACAUAUACGUAAAGAAAUAAACAACAGUUAGGGGCAAGCACUUUUCCUCGUCGUCGCUCUGCGAAUACGUAAUCAUUGGGAAAAUAUCAGCAAUUUUGCAACAGUUUCGUCACAACAACAACAACAACAGCAGCAGCAACAGCAACACCAGCGACUGCAGAAAAAAAACAAAAGUAAUUGAGCAGAAAGAGGACAGAGACCCCAGAAAUCACACAAAAUGGUGUCGCGUCGAAAAAUUCUAUCACGUUCCCGCGACGAUCUUAAUCUCGACCAGACGUUCACCCAGCAGGAGGAGGAGGAGGAUAUCUGGUUCCAGAAGGAUAAACUAUACAAGGAGCACAUUCAGGAAGUGCUGGACAAAUGGACCCAAAUCGACGACGAGAUCUGGGCCAAAGUGAUCGUCUUCGAGCGGAAUCGUCGCGUGGCCAAAGCGUACGCACGCGCCCCAGUGCUGACCAUUAAUGGAUCCGACGAUGGCUUCGACGGCAUGCGAAUUGGACUGUGCGGCUUCGACAAUCCGAUGAGGGAUCAGAAGACCGACGAGAUGAAGCGCGUCAUCGGACAGGGUGUUAAAAUCAAAAUGGAUGACGCUGGGAACAUCCUCAUCCGGCGGUACGCCAAAAGCAAUGUCUACGUGAAGAGUACCGCCAGCAGUCCCAACGAGGAGACCUCCAUCGGUGCCGAGAUCUUAAAGCUGCCAAAUCAGGCGCUCGAAUCCGAAAAAAUAGUCAAGCUCUUCGACAUGAAGAAGUUCCAGUCGAAUGUGAAUCGAGAACUGCGUCGCGCCUAUCCGGAUCGCCGCCGCUUGGAGACGCAGUGCCUCUCCGCGGUGGCGUUUGUCAAGUCGGAGAACGACAUCUUGGAGUGCCCCAUCUGGGUGCUCAUCGUUAAUGUGGUGGCCAUGGAUAUGCUGAAGAGCAAACUGCCACCAGUGCAACGUCCCAUUGUGGACAUCAAGAACCGCCCGCGCAUUCCGAUUCCCGACGAGGAUCCCUACAGCGUCGCUGGCAACGGAAGUGGCGGUAGCUCCGGCAGCUCUGGCUUCGGCAGUGGCCACCAGGCGCAACUGCAUCCGCAGCAACAGCUGGGCAAGCAUCUCAAUGGCAACGGUGGAGGACAUGUGGCCGCCACGCGGGAGCAGCUGCUGCUGCAGACGCAACAACUGGCCCACAAGCGCAGCGAGAAACCUCCGAAACUACCGCCCAGGGAUAAUAUCUACUCGCACGAUCUGAUUCCAAAGCCGGACUACGAUGAUAUCGAUUUGGAGACCCGUAUCAAACUGUCUCGCGGUAAAUCUGACAAGGGCAAAGAUAAUAAGAAAUAUGAUGAUCCCUACUACUGCGGCCUGCGGGCCCGAGUUCCGAACUUUGUAAAGUCCGGCAAGCCGAUACCCGCUCAGGUUGCCAAGGAUCAGCGGGAUGGCAAUGGGAACAAUAUCGGGAACGGCGGCAUCAGCACGCUCAGCCAGAAGAAAACGUCGAUGAUCCACAACCAUUUGGGCGGCAUGCAUCCCCAUCACAUUCAACAGCAGCAACUGAUGGCCGCGGCGGCGGCUGCGCAUGCGGCACAGCACCACCAUGCGGGUCACCAGCGGGAGCAGCAGCAGCACCACCAGAUUUGGCAGACUCGCAGCUAUGAGAGCGGCAUAGGUAUUUAUAAACAGGGUGGGCCCAACGCCGCCCACCAAUCACACAAAUCGCACGCACUGCAGAUGCAAAUGCAUCAGCAACUGCAAAUGCAAAUGCAACAUCAACAACAACAACAACCACAGUCACUGCCAACGGACCUAACAGCAACCACUGCAACAGCAACCACCAAGACACAAAGCACAGCUAACCAAGCACGUAGCCACCAGCCACAUCCGCAUCUGCAUCCGCACUCGAAUCCGCACGCACAUCCGCACCACAGACUCCACCGGCAUGUCCACGUCCGCUGCGAGCGGCACGCCCACUUGCAGCAGCAACACUCUGCACCGCUGCAAUCAGUGCAGCACCAGCCGCAACAGCAGCAACAACCGUACUACGACAACUUGGAGGACUCUGUGGCUCGCCGGGUGACACGGCGCCACUCCACCCGUCGUUCUGCGCCGGAGGAGAGCUCCGCCUGCAAUUGCGUGAGCUGCUAUGCGCUGGCUCCACUCUGUGGUGCAGUUCCUCCGCCACGUCCGCAAAGGAGCCUGAGUCAGCAGCAGCUGAGGCGUCACCAGCGGCUAAGUGGAAGCCUGGUGGAGCAGGAGGUCCGGCCGGCGGUGGUCAAGUGGUGCAGCGAGAGCGAUGUCUCGGUGCUGGAGCUGGAACCUACGGAACCCACAAACGAACGCUACGACGACUGCUACGACUACGACGACUUCGACAUGGCAUUCGACCUGGACGAUGACCUGGGCUUGACCGAGAACAUACCGCGCCGCAAGGGCACCGAAACCGUUGACAUGUACAUGGAUCGCUCCCAUCUCCGCCAGCUGCAGGCGCCGGCCGUGCUGCGCACCAAGUCACAGUCCACCGAGAGCUUCUUCGAACAGCCCAACGAGGAGGGCUCACUGUACAUGUACGGCGGCAGAAAGCGGAUUGCGGUGAAGGCGCCGUCGGCGACCAACAUCUAUGACCGCGUGCGCGGCACCAUCGACUACUCGGACAGGAGACGCAGUGCGGCAGUAGCAAAAGGGGGCCAGUGCCACAAGAAGCCACAGCUGCCAGUGCCCAGUUGGCGGGGCGGCAAGCGACAGGAGCAGGCUCAAAACGCUGACAAAAGACAAAGAUAUGACAAUGCCACCAAUGGCAACAGCCAUGGCAACGGCAACAACAGCAGCAACAACCAGCACAAAAGACAGCUAACGAACGCCAAGCAAGACAAUGAGGACAUGUUGAAAAGCAAAAAUUAUUUCAAUAGUAAAAACAAAAGUAUAGCAGCGGCAGCCGCAAAUGCAGCAGCAGCAGCAGCCGCAUCAGCAGCAACAACAGCAGCAGCGAAAGCGACAGCAGCAUCAGCGAGCAUUGCAACAACAUCUGGAAGCGGUGGAGCUGAGCCGGGAGCGGGAGCGGGCGCAACAGGAGUGGCUGGGGGAAAGGCCAGAGGAGGCGGUGGGCCAACGAUGGCCCCACCACUGGCCACCACUCCAGCCGCAAACAAUGCAACUGCGGUUAGUAAGGCACCUUCUGCUCCUCCGCCGACGGCCAGCAGAACCGGACGCAGUACCAGCCGCCUUGACAUCAGCGACAUGGAAUCCAUUUAUGGGUACCUAAAGCCCCGCAAGCCGCGCAGCCUCAGCCUGAAGAAAAUCCAAAUACUCGACUACUAAACGGACACGUGAAUUUCUAUGGGCUUGCUCUAAAUCGAAACGAGAUUCGGAGCUUGUUGAAUCACCCUACAAUCACAUCUACGGACGCCAUUUACCGCUGCCAACGCGCGGCUACGUGCCCACGCCACGCAUGUUCAUCGGGGAAUGGGACUGAGCGUAGUUCACACCGCACCUGGGCGGGAUUUUAGCCGGAUUUUGAGCGGCCAAGGCACAAAACACACCACAACACUUGCACAUCCCGGCGUGAGAGGGAACGACGCCUACCGUGCAGAGCUAAUUUAAGUCAACCGGCUGCACACAGCUUGAAAUAUUAUUUACAUUAUAUUAAUUUAGCAAAAUAUUAUGGUAAAAUAAUAUUAGGCUAGGCAUAAGCAGCAACAAAAAAAACAAGAGUAAUCGCAAACCAUUGUAACAUUUAGUGCCGUGAUUUUUCGCGCUUUUCCCCUAGCAAUUUUGAGAUUACGCACUUGAGCCAAUUUUGUUUACCCUGUUGUACGAAAUGAAUGAAUAGCCAUUACAUCACGAGUUCAGUUAAGCUUUUAAGUAUAUUGUAAAUUUCUCUUGAGCAGCCGUCAACUCAACUGGCCUGUUUGCGUAUUUACUUGAUAAAUGUUCUUAACUACGAAUUUUUCUAGUAAAAACUCAAACAAGCGUUGUCUAACAGGCUGCUGUUUUUUAUUUUAUAUCUGUAAAAUUCUGUAAUAUUCUGUAUUGUGUAUGCAACGUAAUAAAAAUAAUCUUUUAAAAC